UUGUAGGUCUGGAGACGGCCCAACCUUGUCUUUAGCCCACUCGCCUUUUCUGGCCCUCGUUCCAACGGCGGAAACUAAGCAGGGGCCGCCCAGCAAAAGCCUCGGAGAAGCCUGCCCCGUGCAGCCCUUCCCCCAAAGGACCGAUCUGCAGCCGCUUGGUGGCUGGAGGGCAGGGGACCCCGUUCUGCAGAAAUACAUCUUCUGGGGCAGUGUCUGCUCACCAGAACCUAGCCUCUGAGCAGAUUAGCAUCAACUCUUUAUCAAAUACACAGCCCGGAUCGUUGGCAGUUGGGCCUUCCCGUUACUGUGUCAACCUUUCCGGUGCAGCCUCGCCACCAGUAGGUUUUUAAGGGAAAGUACCAUUUUUAACUGUAAAGCUGGGCAAAACGAACAUAGGAGACUUUUGAUUUCCCAGGUGAAAAUGUUUACUUAAAAUUCAAAGAUACUGUCUUGAAACUUGUCUUUCCUAGUACAAAAUGGUUCGUUGCAUCAGAAGGACCCUGUCCAUGACCAUGACUUUGAGCCCUACCUUUCUGGACAGUCAAACCAGAGCAGCAGCUACCCCUCAAUGACCGACCCUUACCUGUCCAGCUACUACCCGCCGUCCAUCAGCUUUCCCUACUCCCUCAAUGAGGCCCCGUGGUCGACAGGAGGGGACCCUCCCAUCCCAUACCUCACCCCCUACGGACAGCUCAGCAACGGGGACCACCACUUCAUGCAUGAUGCCGUGUUUGGGCAGCCCGGCGGCCUGGGCAGCAGCAUCUACCAGCACAGGUUUAACUUUUUCCCCGAGAACCCUGCCUUCUCGGCAUGGGGGGCCAGCGGGUCCCAGGGGCAGCAGACGCAGAGCUCGGCCUACGGCAGCAGCUACACCUACCCGCCCAGCUCCCUGGGUGGCACGAUCGUGGACGGGCAGGCAGGCUUCCAUGGUGACACCCUCAGCAAGGCCCCUGGCAUGAACAGCCUGGAGCAGGGCAUGGUGGGCUUGAAGAUCGGCGAUGUGGCCACGUCUGCUGUCAAGACCGUGGGCUCUGUUGUGAAUAGUGCCGUGAUGACUGGUGUCCUUUCUGGCAACGGGGGAGCCAGUGUCAGCCUGCCCGUGUCAAAGCCCACCUCCUGGGCAGCCAUCGCCAGCAAGCCGGCCAAGGCCCAGCCCAAGGUGAAGGGCAAGGGUGGGCCUGUGAUGGGCGGCACAAUGCCGCCCCCACCCAUCAAGCAUAACAUGGACAUUGGUACCUGGGACAACAAGGGGCCCCUGACCAAGGCCCCAGCUCCCCAGCAGGUGCCCUCCCCCCAGGUGGCCCCGCCCCCGCAGCCCCUGGUCCAGCCUGUCCCACUGCAUCCGCCCCCUCUGGCCCCGCCUCCGUACCAGAACUCCCAGCCGCUGCCCCAGACCCGCUGGAUAGCCCCACGCAACAGGAACGCAGCCUUUGGCCAGGGGGCGGGGAUGGGCAGUGACGGAACCGGUCCCGGCAGUGCUCAGCCCAGCGCAGCCCCAGGGGCUGAGCCCCACCCGGUCCUGGAGAAGCUGAAGGCAGCCCACAGCUACAACCCGAAGGAGUUUGACUGGAACCUGAAGCAGGGCCGCGUGUUCAUCAUCAAGAGCUACUCGGAGGAUGACGUGCACCGCUCCAUCAAGUACUCCAUCUGGUGCAGCACCGAGCACGGCAACAAGAGGCUGGACGGCGCCUUCCGCUCCCUGGGCAGCAGGGGCCCGCUCUACCUGCUCUUCAGCGUCAACGGCAGUGGGCACUUCUGCGGCGUGGCUGAGAUGAAGUCCACAGUGGACUACGGCACCAGCGCCGGCGUCUGGUCGCAGGACAAGUGGAAGGGCAAGUUCGACGUCAAGUGGAUCUUGGUCAAGGAUGUGCCCAACAGCCAGCUGCGGCACAUCCGGCUGGAGAACAACGACAACAAGCCCGUCACCAACUCCCGGGACACCCAGGAGGUGCCCUUGGAGAAGGCCAAGCAAGUGCUCAAGAUCCUCGCCUCCUACAAGCACACCACCUCCAUCUUCGAUGACUUCUCCCACUACGAGAGGCGGCAGCAGCAGGAGGAGGAGGUGCGCAAGGAAACCGCCAGCUCGGCCUGUGACAGCUUGCCCCAAGGUGGCUCUUUGGUGCUAGUCCAGUACUGUCCAUCUGCUCUAUCGGACCCCAGCAUGAAGGAGCGGCAGAGUCGGAGCAAGCAAUGAGAGUCGGGGUCCCGCCGCCCUGACAAACGACGGCUGCACACCGUUGGCCUGGUGCUUCUCCCGGCGCCAGCUCCACCGCGGGUCCUGCUCGGCGCGGGCUCGGGGCUUGGCGCCGGCCUGUUUGCUGUGUAUCGUGACCUGGCAGUGCUCACCAACCAAGGGUUUCUGUUUGUCCCCAUCAGCGUGUCCCCCGGACGGGCUGCGCGGCCUAACAGCCCAGAGUCUUCUUCGUUUCUGGCAGACAUUAGGUUGCUCUCGCACGCCCUGGCACUUAGGAUCAGUGAGGCCCCUGACUUCUGUGUAUCACCCCCCCACCCCCCAGCCAUCUUGUCCCUUCCCACUGAGUGUGGGUGGUGGGCGCCGGAAGGGGCUGGGUGUGAGCCCUUUGUUUUGGCGGGUCGUGUUUUGUUUCCCCUUUUUCCUCACUUGAGAGCCCACCAGUAAAGGGUGGGGCACGGCUGUUGUGACGCCCACCCUGCCACCCUCUGUGCUGGCCCUCCUUGGCCUGUGGAAUGGGUACAAAGCAAAAAACAAGCCCCUUCACGGCUGACGUACGGCAGGAGCCUCAGUCUUCCUGGAAGGGCCCCCACCUGCGGCCCAGCACCCGCCACCGCUGUGCCCCCCACAGCCCCUGCCGACCGUGGCCACCACUGACUGAUGCACGCUGUACCGCGUAGACUUGUACGAGAGCGGCUGCCUUCUCCCACUUGGCUGGCUGCGGGGACGGCGUGGGCUGCGGGGCCCGUCCUCUAGGAGAAUACAAGCCUUAAUAAACAUCCUGUUUAGCA